AUGACCGAGGUGGGGGAGGCGUACCGGCCCGAACUAAACGCCAACAACCACAAUGACAUAAAGAAGUUGAUUGGGCCCGCAGGCGACGUGGACAAGCCUCGGCAGUCGGUUCACUUCGAAUGGGAAGAUGGUGAGAAACCAGGUCGGAUUGGCUUUGUCCGAUCUUCGAACGCUUCACAGAAUUCCGGCCUCUUCUCACGACUAUCCAUCGCUGUGAGAAGGUCGCUGAGGUUGGGGCCGAAGCAACGGAGUACGGCGACGUUGGGGACGAAGGCUGCGAGGGCUAGCCAUUUUGAUGACAAACAGGUAGGCUUCCUAAUGGAUAAUUACUGUAACAAGAGCCUUGCUUAUAAGAAUCUUUAUAAUAUAUGUAAGGUCUAGUUAUUGUAUUAAUGUAUAUUUGAAUUUAAAAAUUACAUUUUGAAGUAAAAGUUUAAUUUUGAUGAUUUUACAGACAUUUACCAGCUACACCGACUUAAGGAAACAGCCAUGUGACAUUCCUUAUGGCAGUAUCGCUGAACUACAGUACAUGCUUCAAAUGAACAGGAAGCAACAGGUUAGUUUGAAUACUUAA